AUGUCUUCUGUCAAGCCUACCAUCGUCUUUGCCCCUGGCGCCUGGCAUACUGCAGACUGCUUCGACGUUGUCCGGGAAGCACUCCACGCCCGCGACUGGACUACCGAGGCCGUUGAAUACCCUUCCGUCGGCGCUGAACCACCCACCAAAGGCCUAGCUGACGACGCGAACGCUGUGCGUGCUAGUAUUGAGCGUCUCGCCGAUGAGGGGAAGAAAGUUGUCCUCGUUGUGCACUCAUACGGCGGCCUGGUUGGCGCAAACGCAGUUGAAGGGUUGGGCUAUAAACAGCGCCUGCGAGAGGGCAAGACGGGUGGGGUGAUACUCUUCGUGUAUCUGGCGGCUUUUGUGACGCCGCUUGGAAAAAGCAUCAAGGAAAUGCUUGGAGGCCAGUUUCUACCAUGGAUGAGGCCUGAGGGAGAUUACGUUUACGCCGAUACACCCGAAACGAUCUUCUAUCACGACGUGGAACCAGAGGCUCAAAAGAAGGCCCUUGACGCCCUGAAACACCAGUCCGGCCGUGUCUUCACUGACACCGUCACAUAUGAGCCCUGGCGUGACAUCGAUUGCUUCUACUUCUUCUGCGACGGAGAUCAGGCACUGGCACUGCCAAUACAGCAACACAUGGCUUCGCUGCUGGGGCCUGAUGCAGCAAGCUUCCAUUCCCAGGGCUCUCAUUCCCCGUUCCUCUCGCAGCCCCAAGAAGUGGUUGAGGGACUCGAGUAUGCGGCAAAGGUUGGGCUGGAGAAGACAGCGAUGCCUCAAGUCUGA